AUGGGCGCGUGGAUUUAUUUUAAUGGGAACUUAGGAAGCGGUCAAGACUUUCUAGAUGUGUAUGGACUGUUUUUAGCGAAUGAGUUUGAGAAUCCUGCUGAUUGUCGGCGGUUAGAGGAAACAUUGAACAUAACUCCUAACGAAGUCUCAAAAAGCUCUUCCGUAGAGGAAGAGACGGUGAAGGCAUCGGAUUUCAAAGGGCCUGAAACGAUAACAAUCGACGAUGGUGGGGAAGUUAUGGCGUCAUGUUCUACGCAGAAUGACAAAUGGACAAGUUUUGACCAAAAAUUGCUGUUUAAAGAAAGGGAUUUCAUUCCAUUCUGUUCUAUCAAUCACGUGGGGGCGUUGGAAACCUCUGACAUCCAUGCGCAGCUACGGAUGAGGAAUUCUGCUGCCACUAGAGUCGAUUAUAAUUCUUGUUCUUCAUUUUGUUACAACCGUCAGAAGUGCAGCUUACAGACUUUACGUUUUUGUUCAGAAGGGCUGUCCAAGUUUCCUUUAUCCAAAGAUUCUUUAUUUUUACGUGCAAAAUCGCUCUCAGCUGGUCUGGCGAACAAUGAUUGGCCCACUUUACUUCGGCCAAGGAAUUCUGCAGAAGUUUUGGGAAACAGUGCUGUUGUCGAAAAGUUUAAAAAUUGGUUAUCACUUUGGAAGAAACGUUUAGAUAAAUCAAGGCUUGAAAGUAAUAGUGUAGAGGAAAAAAAGUUCAGUAAAAAGCAUACGAAGCGUAAGCUAUCAGAAUCCGACGAAGAAGUGGAUUUUGAUUACGAUGGAUACCUUUGCAAUACUAUGGUUGUUUGUGGGCCGGCUGGUUGUGGGAAAACGGCAAUGGUUGAAGCAGUGGCUGCGGAGCUGAACAUGGCUGUUGUCGUAUCGUCUACCAAUGAAAGGCGAACCGGUUCUAGUUUGAGGACUAUGCUUGAUGGCGCUUUAGAUAAUCAUAGGUUUGGUGUAUCUUCCUCUGAUAUCCGAAGAAUGUUUGCAAAAACUAAAGAUUUGAUGGCAGAGGAAUUAGGUUCAAAACACAAUGUGAUUUUGAUCGACGAUGCUGAUGUUUGUUCUUCCGACGAGUCUUCAUUUUGGGCUUCUUUGAAAUCAAUGUGCAUGGAAGCAAAAGUUCCUAUAGUGAUAAUUUGCCAAGAUAGCAGUUGCGUCAAGUUCAAGUUUGCUAAGGAGCCAUGUGCAGAUUAUUUGAUAGCAGAAAUGAGCAAGAUCCCCUCAGAAUUAAUUGUGGAGUAUAUUAGUGCUUCCUUUAGAGGGUUCACUUCUCGUGACAUAUGUCCAUCAGCUUUGGAAAAAGUGACAAAUCUUUUGAAGUGUAACUUACGUGCUUCCCUCAAUCUUAUACACUUUUAUGACGGUAACAUUCAUAGCAUUCCUUUCAUGAAACAGUUUUGUCAUGCAAAUAGAGAUAUUUCGCUGAAGAGCAAGUCGGACUCUCGGUUUCUUAGCAGUUUGUACGCGAUAGGCGAUGCACCACACUUCAGUGAUUUACUGUUGGGAGACUGUCUGCCUGAAGAGUUAUACGACAAAAAUGAAGAAGUUUUCAAGAGUAUUCAAACAAUUCGGCUUAAUUGCUCAAAUUCUUUUUUUUAUUCCCUAUCAGAAGUCGCUACAGAGAUACUUCCUCUUCUGAAAAUGAUGGACAACAAAUCACGUGAAGAAUGUAAGCAUAAUCGUCGUGCGUUGCACCACUUUGACCGCUUUUCGGUUUCAGUAGAUCCCGAUGGGAUCAUGAGGAAUAUUUUGAGUAGAUUUAAUUUCCCAUUGUAA